AUGGCGUCGGCAGUACCUUAUGAUCCAUAUGAUGAUCUAGAUAAUAAUCCAUUUGCUGAGCCACAAGAAGAAGGUUCUGAACCAGCUGCAACGACGACCGAUGGGUCAUCUUCUAUGUCCGAGGAGCGUGUAAGUACUGAGGAAGCAGCCUCUGUUCAGGACUACGAGACUGCAAAUAACGCUCAAGAGGGACUGGGCAGAGAAGAAUAUGCAACACAGUCAAAAACCUUAAGCGAGCAAGGUGGGAACCAACAUCCAUCUCAGCCAACAGAACGUGUUAUACUUCCUGAAAGAAGCGAUGAAAAAAAAAAGUACAGUUUACUUGCUAAAAUAACAGGAUUGGAACGAUUUGGAUCAGCCACCGGUAAGAAAGAGAAUCCGACCAUUAUAUUUGAUUGCUCGACAAACCUACCUACAUUUCGCAAACAGCAAUACAAGAAUGUCAAAAAAUCAUAUGAAGAGUUUCGCCAAUUGUUCAAAUAUUUAAAUGCAGCCAUUCAAGAAUCUUUUGUCCCUACUCUUCCUCCUGCAUAUACUACAUUCGGAAUUAAUAGCGAAGAAGAUAGGAUUAAAGUAACGCGAAACUUCCAACUUUGGUUCAAUAGGACAUCACAAGACCCCUUAAUUAUUCGGAAUGAAGAGGUGGCCUUUUUCAUUGAGAGUGACUUUAAUACAUACACGCCCAUCAACAAGUUCAAGUCCCUCGCAUCUGGGUUGAAAAGAAAAACUUUAAAGCAAUUGGCACCUCCUUACGAUGAAGUUACAGAAUUAGCAGAAUUCCGGCCAUUAGUCAAGUCUAUAUAUGUUGUUUCUCAGAAUUUGCAAGAAAAGCUGCUAAGAGUUUCUAGAAGCCGCAAGAUGAUGGUUCAAGAAGAAAAUGCAUUUGGCCAAGAUUUUGUUAAUUUAGAUGAGCACAAUAAAUUAUACAAAAGAUACGGUAAAAUAUUGACCGCUGUGGGUGAUAUUGAUAGCAUUAUAGCCACCAUGGAUAUGGCGUCGUUGUACGAUGGUUUAGAAUGGGUUGUUAGAGAUGCUUAUGUCGUGAAGGAAGCAUUGACCAACAGGCAUUUUAUCAUGCGAAAUCUAAUUCAAGCGCAGCAGAACUCUAAGGCGAAACAGGAACAGGCACGCAGGUUCAGAUCAAGAAGAGAUAUCAAUCCUAUGAAAAUCGAUGAAGCGUUACGUCAAUUAAAAACUGCAACUAAGAACGAACAAGUUUUGACCCUAAAGCUCCAACGAAUCACGUCUAACAUGAUUAUCGAGAGGAAGCAGUGGAUCAGCUGGUAUGAAGAAUGGAUAAGAAGUUCAAUCAAAGAAUUUACAUUAAGAAAAAUAGAGUAUGAGAGAAAAAAACUGACGUUACUAGAACGAGUACGUUCCGAUAUUAGAAAAGCCGACGAAAACGGAGGUUUGUCACGUCUAGGACGUCACGCUGUUUCAAACAACAACAUUGAUACUUCUCAAACCCUUAAAGGUGACAGUUGGACUGGAGAGAGCAACCGCAAAAGUCAAAUUCCCAUCAAUAAGAUCGCUCAUACUGAAUUUGAUGACGAACUGUUCACUGAAGAUGACGCAUACAACUCUCAAGACUCUGACACUACAUCACUAAAUGCGCGCCAUGCCGCUUCGCUUUUGGGCAUGUGUACUAAGUAG